UAUGAAGACGCUCUCGACCACCUGGAACUGGCUUGUAUGUCGCGGAUGCAAGAGUUAGAUCGCUGUUCGCGCCCGGGAACGUCGUACAAGCUCCGAGCUAAAAUCCAAGCAGGCCUCAAUGCCAGAAGCGCUGGUCUUGAAACAUCUCUCAAGAAGUAUCAGACGGCACGUUUGGCUCUGCCGAUCGCACAGCGACCGCCCCUUAUCGAUCAAAGCCGUUGGACGGAGAAUCAAGAAGCAGUCUCUGAGUCUUUUGCCUGCCUUAGAGACCAACGGCACUUUGGAGCGGAACUCUGGACUCAACCACAUAUAAGAGAGGGGGUGCGUGCCACCCGUCAUUACGACUGUGCGAUGAAAGAGCUCGCCAGGAUGAGGACGGAGGCGGCACGUUUACAAUACUGGCUGGUGGAUCAACGUAACCUGUUG